GGACAUAGUUGUGUACAGGUUUUGUCUUCACCUAGUAUUUAGUCUCCCACACACACGGUCGGGUUAUUUUUCUAUUUAAUUGCUAUGCUAUUCUUUUGCACUUUCACUCUAAUUAUAUCUAAACUGGCUCACUGAACUAUUCAUACACAAAAUAGAGAGAAAUUGGCAAAUGGAAAAUUGGCAGCAGUCAGACCGUCCUUAUAUAGCAGUACUGCAGAGUGUUCCUGCACUGUGCCUUUGACUUCGAGAUGGACAGUAUUAUUCUUAAUCCGGUCCGGCCUGAUCACACAGCCAUGCUGGACGAAGCACAGUUGGAUAUACUGGGUCAGCGGUUGGGAAAGAAGUCCCGGUCGGUUUGGGAGAGGGUGAAGGCGGAAUGCUGGUGUUCUGGUCCCAGGCUGAAGAGCUGUAUGUUGUCAUCUGUUCCUGUCCUCUCCUGGCUGCCCCACUACUCCCUCAGAGACAACGCCAUCGGAGACCUGAUUUCGGGCGUCAGUGUGGGUAUCAUGCACCUACCCGGAGGCCUGUCUAAUGCGUUGCUGGCCGGGGUGCCGCCUGUGUUUGGUCUCUACACCUCUUUCUAUCCGUCGGUCAUCUACUUCAUCUUUGGGACAUCCAGACACCUCUCAGUGGGUACUUUCGCCAUUCUCUCUAUCAUGAUUGGCACUGUGACGGGCAACGUGGAGUUGCUUAGCAACGGUGUCGAGGAGCGGGAGGGUGAUGGAGGGAUGGCUCGAGUGUGUGUGGCAGUACAACUUACCUUCCUUUGUGGCCUUAUACAGAUAGUGUUGUUCUUGAUGAGAGGAGGGGAUGUGUGUCACUGGUUGUCUCAGCCCCUGGUGAGCGGCUAUACCACGGCGGCAGCCCUUCAUAUCACCAUCUACCAGCUGCCUCUACUCUUUGGCAUCCCAACCAACAGACACAGCGGUUUCCUGGCUGUAGGCUGGACGCUGGUUGAUGUGCUGUCUAGAGUGACUAAUGCAACGCCUGGGACGCUGGUUGUCUCCGCCGUCUCCAUGGUGAUCCUGGUGGGAGGCAAGAUGCUGAAUAGACUCUUCAAGACCAAGCUACCCAUGCCCAUUCCAUGGGAGCUAGUGCUGAUAACGCUGGCCACCUUCCUGUCAGUGCAGUUGGACUUGUCAGGACAACAUGGUGUCCAGGUAGUAGGACACAUACCCACUGGCUUGUCUCCCCCAGCCCUCCCCUCUCUAGCCCAGGCCAAACAGCUGUUUGGUCCUGCUCUGUCCCUGGCUGUGGUGGGCUUUGGCUUUACCUCCUCCAUGGGCAGAAUGUUUGCACACAGACAUGAUUACGCCAUAGACAGCAACCAGGACCUGUUGGCGAUAGGACUCUGCAACACAAUUGGAGGGAUGUUCCACUGUUUUGCCGUCAGCUGCUCGUUGUCACGCAGUACGGUCCAAGAAAGUAUUGGGGUGAAAACUCAGGCGGCUGGGCUUCUCUCUGCUCUGAUGAUGCUCACCAUCUUGCUGAAGAUUGGACAUCUCUUUGAGCAGCUGCCAAUAGUACUCAAGUCAUUUAUGACACCUUCUACAUUCCCUUCUCUAACACUGAAAUCAGAUGUUUUGUCUGUGUUUGCGUUCAUUUGUUUGUUUUGGUGUUCAUAUGCUUCUGUUUCAUUCUCUGCCUUUGUGUUUGUCAGUGUUUAUACUUGUUGCUCUGUCUCUAUGUGUGUGUGUGUGUUACAGGCAGUGUUAGCAGUGGUCAUUGUGGUAAAUCUGCAAGGGAUUCUGGGUCAGUUUCGGGAAGUCCCAGUGCUCUGGGCAUCUGACCGUUUGGACCUGCUGGUGUGGGUGUUCACCCUGAUCUUCACCCUGAUUUUCAACCUGGAUCUUGGCCUGGCUGCUGCUCUGGCCCUCUCUCUGAUCACUGUCGUCUACAGGACUCAACUCUCCCACAGUGCAGUGCUGGGUCAUAUUCCUGGGACGGACUGCUACAGGGACCUACGUCUCUAUGCUGAGGCCAGGUCGGUUCCUGGAGUUACUGUAUUCUCCUGCUCCAACCCGCUGUACUUUGCAAAUGCUGAGCUGUUCUUCAGCUCUCUCAGAAAGUCUGUGCAGCGUGUCCAACUGGAGAAUGCAGCCCUCAUUGAGGACCAGCCCUUACCUCAAAUGCAAGGCACAAGGCACUGUCUGGUGCUAGAAUUUAGCUCAGUCAUCUUCAUGGACUCUAUGUCAAUCAAAGCACUAUGUAAGGUUGUGGAGGAAAUGGAGGAGCAGGGGGUCAGUGUGUUUCUGGCUGCUUGCCCAGACAGGCUGGUGAUCAAGCUGCAGGCCCAGGGCUUCGUCCCAAACACUCUGUCCAGGUCCUGCCUCUUCCCGUCAGUGCACCACGCUGUCCAACACUGCCAGAUAUCGCCUCCCAUGGCUGACCACAACACAGAGCUGAGUGAGUGUUGAUGUGCAGCCUGCAGCUCAUGGAGUGGAUGGGAAAACGCCACCAUGGAAUUCCUGCCUCAAUCAGAAUACGCAGUAGACUGAACUCCCAGCUCAAGCUGGCGUCGGCGAUAGGACGAUGAAAAUGCUUUCCUUUUGAGCUCCUUCGCCAACGCUGGUGGUUCAACGUCUUCUUUUGAGCUAUGAAAAGACAGCAGAUGGAUUGGAGCCAGCCGGAGUCCGUCUGUCUGUCUGUCUGUCUGUCUGCCUCUGUCAGUGUGCCUGUCUUCCGAUCUCUUCCGAAACAUGUCCAGGUCCAACCACCCCCUACGCCAUGAUUAGGGGUGUCUGUGGGGGUUUAAUGGUUGGGCGUCGCUCCUGCACCUCCUCCAAUGAGAUCAGACACUCAUGGGAAGUGUGUGAGCUCGGCUGAUGUCAAUCAAAUCAAAUUGUAUUAGUCACAUGUGCCGGAUACAACAGCUGUAGACCUUACAGUGAAAUGCUUACUUACGAGCCUCUAACCAACAGCACAGUUUAAAAACAUACGAGAUAGAAGUAACAAGUAAUUAAAGAGCAGCAGUAAAAAAAAAAUAUAUAUAUAUAUAUACAGGGGGGUGCCGGUACAGAGUCAAUGUGCGGUGUCACCGGUUAGUUGAGGUAGUAUGUGCAUGUAGGUAGAGUUAAUUAAAGUGACUAUGCAUAGAUAGUCUUAUGACUUGGGGGCAGAAGCUGUUUAGAAGCCUCUUGGACCUAGACUUGCCGCUCCGGUACCGCUUGCCAUGUGGCAGCAGAGAGAACACCCAGACAGAAUUGACUGUCAUUCGUUGUUUGUAUCAUCGUUUCAAUUUCCAUUGCAGGCCAACUGUACUACUGGCAUUGCCUGGGUGGGUUUGUGCUACACAGAAAUAAAUAAGGACCGAACUGACUCGCCCUCUUGUCACAAUGUAGUUCAGGAGGGCACAUUUGGAUGCUUUUCUCAACCUCGGUCAGUGAAAGGUUGUACAGGUUAUGACUUCAAUCCACAUGCUGAUAGCCUACUGCGGUUAUGUUGUUGAACUACGAGACCAUACUGUCAGGUCUUUCAUUCUGCUGUGUGUUUUAGAAGAAAUGGAAACAGAAAUUGUCUCCCAUAAAAGCUUUAUUGAAGCAAUA